UUUUCAUAUUAACCCCAUUUCUCUCACUCUCCCCAACGCCACUUCUCUCUCUCUAUCUGGUUUGAGCUCACCACCAUUAUUGUUAGCUUCCUCAAACACUUGCCACAAAGCUUUCUGUUCAGCUCAGUCAUGGGUGUUCUAGCUUUUGCAGCUUUGGUUUUCUUGGCCAUGGCUGGCCAGUCAAGUGCCAAUUGGUGUGUGUGCAAGAGUGGGAGUGAUGCAGUAUUGCAGAAGACAUUGGACUAUGCCUGUGGAGCUGGGGCUGACUGUAACCCCAUACAUCCAAAUGGGGCUUGCUACAACCCUAACACUGUUAAAGCUCACUGCGACUAUGCUGUCAACAGCUAUUUCCAGAAGAAGGGCCAAGCUCAAGGCACCUGUGACUUUGCCGGCACCGCAACCCCUGUUACAUCCGAUCCCAGCGUUACUGGUUGUGUUUUCCCAUCUAGCGCCAGUUCUUCCGGCAGUACGACUCCAAGUACCGGCACAACCACCCCAAGUACCGGCACCACCACCCCAACCACCGGCACAACACCCACAAGUACCAACACAACACCAACAACCACCGGAACAACCACAGGAACAACCACUGGGACAACCACCGGUGCCACUCCAUACACUGCAACUCCAGGAGUAUUUGGAGUAGGGCCAUCUGGAGCUGGCAUCACGGAUGACAGUGCUGGGAUUAGACUCAUUGACACUACUAGUUUGUUCUCUUCUUCCGUAACCUUAUUCUUUUCAAGCUUGAUGCUUUGGUGGGGUUGAUAUGAAAACUUAAGAGGUGGGGUAGGGCUGGAUAUCCAAGAUGAUGCUAUAUUUCAAUAUGCAGCGGUAUAUGCAUGUGAUGCUGCUGUUGAUUAUUGUUCAUUUAGGGACAGCCUUGCUAAGUUUUUGUUUUCUCUCCAUCCUACUAUGAUGUAUGGGGCAAAAGUGCAGGGGCAUUUGAUUCCUUUUGGGUGGUGUUGCUAGUGGGACUAUGGAAGCAUAUCUUUGUGUCUUCAACUAUUUCGGUUUUUGUAAAUUAGAUCUAAUCAGAGCGCGUACUGCUAGCUAGUGUAUUAAUUUGAUGAGUAUUUGGCACUCAUUGGUAUUAAGCUUAUAUUUCUCUCUUAAUUAUUA